UUAUUUCUCAGGAUUUUACUGCCUCAGAUUCCUGGCAAAUUGAAGAGUUURUGCAGUGAAGGUUACAAGAUUGUGAUGUUUACAAACCAGAAUGGUAUAGCAAAGAAGAAAGUUAGUAUUCCAGACUUUAAGAAGAAAAUUGAAAAUGUCACUCAAGCUUUAAGUGUUCCAGCACAGGUUCUAAUCUCACCUGGAACUGGACAUUUUCGUAAGCCUUCAACUGGAAUGUGGAAACAUCUCUGUAAAAAGUUAAACCAAGGAAUAACAAUAGACAAGGACAAAAGCUUUUAUAUUGGAGAUGCAGCAGGGAGACCUGCUGGAUGGGCUGCAGGGAAGAAGAAAGACUUUUCAUGCAGUGACAGAGCAUUUGCUGCAAAUGUUGGAAUCAAGUUCCAAACUCCUGAAGAGUUCUUUCUUGGUAAAAAGCCAGCACCAUACAACAUGCCUGAAUUUGACCCGAAAAAACUUGAUCCUAAUGUUCCAUUACUCCAGCCAUCCAAUGCCAGCUUAGUCUCAAAAGAAAAAGAGGUCAUCRUUAUGGUUGGAUUUCCAGCAUCUGGAAAGUCAAGCUUCUGUGAGGAAUAUCUCGUUCCAAAAGGUUACAUACGAGUGAACAGGGAUUCCCUUGGAACAUGGCAGAAAUGUGUAGCUUCUUGUCGCAACAAUUUAAGUCAAGGCAAAAGUGUUGUAGUUGAUAACACUAAUCCAGACAAAGACUCGAGAAAACGAUACAUAGACUGUGCCAAAGAAGCAAAAGUUCCAGUCCGCUGUUUCAUCAUGAACGUCAYCAAGGAACACGCACAGCACAAUAACCAAAUYCGCGAGGCGCUCAACACSGACAARAACUAUAAACGAGUUGGAUUUAUGGUGUAUAACUCUUACAAAUCUUCAUUUGUGGAACCAAGUAUAGAAGAAGGGUUUUCAGAWAUUGUUCGCGUGCAAUUCAAGCCGAAAUUCAAAAACGAACAAAACAAAGAGCUCUACUAUCAAUUUUUGUAAUAAAAAUAAACUUUAAAUUGUCAACUAUUAAGUUACCUUAAUAGCACGAAAUAUUGUAAAUAAACAUACACUGAAACAGGGAAUUUGAACAAAUUGAAUAAAAGUGCAUUCACUCUACUGAUUCGAAA